ACUCAAAAGAUGCAAUCGAUACGAAUCAAUAUUAAUUAAAUAUAUUUAAUUUUUUAUAUAUAGUUAAAAAAAUUAUAGUAUCUUGUGUAGAAAAAAUGUCACUUCACUGUUUAUUAUAUUUUAUGUUUCUUUUUGGAUCAAUUUAUGCUUAUACCAAUGGCUCUUUAAGCUGCUCUUUCCGAGAUGGUACAUCCUGUGGAUGGGACAAUGAUGAAGAGUCUUGGGACAAGUGGGAAUUGAACUAUUAUAAUGUUUACGUACGAAUACCUUAUUUCAAAGGCACUACUAUAAGAAAUUGCUCGGCUCGGUUGGUUUCACCGCGUUAUGAUAGUCACUUGUCUAGAAAUGGCUGUUUCUCCUUCGUAUAUAAAAUGACGACAACAGACAAGCCAUAUACAAGAACCACCGCCUUCCGAGUAUAUCAAAAGCCUCAUCACAUGACCCCCAAAGCGUUAAUACAACUCAGCGACGAAGAAAAAUUGAAUUACAUGAUAUUUGAGAUUUGGGGAGAUCUUGGAGAGCAACAUUAUACAUCUGUAUCAACAUUGAUGCAAACGUAUGACGACUUUCAGAUUGUAAUAGAAGGUAUUUACAGUCUUGAUCGUAUGUAUAUGACAAUAAAUGACGUAGCCAUUCUUCAGGGGAGUGAGUGCACAGCCGCCAAAAUAUCUGCGUCAACUCCAGAUUCAAUGUUUUAUGAAUUUACAUCUACUACCCUCAUACCGACGACAAGCAGCACGACGACGCCUGUAACAACAAUAACACCAACAACAACAACAGAGAUAUUUUUGGAAACAACGACAGAAAUGUUGUUGGAAACAACGACAGACAUGUUGUUGAAAACAACGACAGAUAUGUUGUUGGAAACAACAACAAUGCUUCCACCACGUGGCGUUAAUGAUUCCUUGAGCUGUGAUUUCCACAACAGUGAUCUGUGUGGAUGGACGAACGACGUCGGGGCUACUGAUGGGUGGCUUGUUAACAUUGCCGUUUACCCUAGAACUCAUGGUUACUUCCGCUACAAGUACUUUAACGAUUCGCCAUUUCUGGGAAACAGGACGCUUAGAUUGGUGUCUCCUUUAUACAGUCGUGUUUUAGACGGAGAAGGAUGCUUUUCCUUCUCUUACUGUAUGUAUACAGCUACACAUAACAGGAAUUCUUCUAUUCAAGUUUACCAGAAACCUUACUUCAUUUCUCUUGAAGAAUUCGUCAACAGCGAAGAUAUGAAGAAGGAUUAUAUACUUUUCGGGGUUUGGGGCAACUUGGGCUAUGAUUGGUUUAAUUCUGUAUCAAUACUUAGGCAAUUGGAUUAUGACUUUCAGAUCAUCAUAGAAGGCGUAACCUCCGAGCAACGCGUGUACAUGGCAAUCGAUGACGUAGCCAUUCUACAAGGGAGAGAAUGCACAGCCGCCACAAUCGCCGCAACUACUCCAGAUUGGCGAUUCUUUGAAACUACUAGUACUACAUCAAGAACUACAUCAACCUCGAGGCCGACUACAAUGUCAACAACAACAACAACAACAACAACAACAACCUCAUGGCCAACAACACCGCAACGACAAGGAGCUAUCGAUAUACCUAGUUUUUGUUCGUUCCACACUAAUAACACCUGUGGAUGGGAGAAUGAUAAAACAGCGUUUGGCAAAUGGAAUGUGAAUGACAAAUAUGCUUACGUGACAGUGCCCUUUUUCGAGGAAAUGUGGAGGAGGAACAUCACGGCUCACUAUAUUUCUCCAGUUUACAGUCAUGUUUUAGAGAAAGAUGGUUGUUUCGUAACUUCAUAUAAAAUUAUGGCAGAUAAAUUGGAUGGAGGAUACACCGGUCUACGAAUAUACCAAAUGCCUAAAUCUCUAACCGUGGAAAAAUUACUUAGAAGCAUUUACGAAUUUAGGAGUUUUUUCAUUAUUUUCGAGACGUUUGGUAACCUUGGCGACAAUUACUAUGACUCAGUGUCGGAACUGAACCAGUUUGUUGAUGACUUUCAGAUUAUCAUAGAAGGAAUUUACAGUCGGGAUCAUAUAUAUCACAUAGCAGUGCAAAACGUGGCCAUUCUUCAGGGGGAAGCGUGCUUGACCUCCAAAACUAAGGCAAAUACUCCAGAUUCCUCUACAACAACUCCGACAACUUCGACUACGACAACGCUACGACCUACAACAACGCCACAACCUACAACAACACCACGGCCAACAACACCGCUACGGCCAACAACAAUGCCAAGAGCAUUAGGACCUAAUGAUACAUUGACUUGUGAAUUCGACUACCAUUAUCUAUGUGGAUGGAGGAAUGAUCCCAGAACGUUGCAUUAUUGGUAUAGUAUGCAUGAUCCUAGUGAAGAUGAGGACUACCUUUUCUUCACGUCGUCUUCUUGGCCAGGUAGUGACACAAUUCGUCUGAUUUCACCGCUAUAUCAUAGCGUGUUGACCAGAAAUGGGUGUUUCGCCUUCUCGUACAAACUCAAUAAAGCUGAACGUGGCAGAUCCACUGCGAUUCGAGUCUACCAAAUACCAGAGAAUAUAUUUCUUCAAGAUUUUGUUACCUGCAGCGAUGAAAAUAAGAAGAAUUUUAGUAUUUUUGAGAUUUCAGAGGAUUUGGGAAGUAACUGGCACGAUAAUGUAACGAUGCUUAAAGACUCCUAUAACAACUUUCAGAUCGUCAUAGAAGGCACUUUCGGUGGAGAUUUUGUAUAUAUGGCAAUAGACAACGUUAGCAUACUUCAAGGGAGACAUUGUGACGCAAUGACAUUACUUCCAUCACCAACAACAGCCCCAUUGCCAACAACAGUCCCAUCAACAACAACAAAUAUUCCACUGACAACAACAACCCUAAAUUCACAAGGUGUAAAUGAUUUGAAUGAAAGCACCGUUGCCGUUGUAAUAAUAGUAGUUAUUUCGAUAGUAGCAUUCGUUCUUGUAUGCAUUCUUGUGUCUGUACUAAAUUGGAAACGAGACGGACCAGAGAGCCUGAAUACUCUAUGGACGAGUAUUGCUGGGACCUACGCUCGACGGAACGCCGACCUAGAGGCAAAAACAACUGAAGUAGGAUAUUCUACUACAAAUGUAGAUACAGUGGUCAUAACUUGCAAGGACACCCAAAUGCAACAAGACUUUCAACAUUAACGCAGGACGUCCUUCUGUUAUGGAUGAUAAGUAAUCGUCGAUUUAACGUGAUCUUCGAACGAGAAAAUACCACCAACUUCACAACUACGGGCUGAGAAUUUUUACCGAGGAUUUCUUGGAAGAAAGAAAGCUCAGUAUUUGACUGCCUCGAUUUUGUAUCGACGUGCCAUGGACCACCCGUAUUCUUGUAUUCUCACAUUUUCCCAAACCUUAGGCUGCCUGGAAUAAACCGCUAUGUAGCGAUAAAGCUGCCUUUUGUAUACUGCUUCUUCUUUGUAUUGUUUAUACUUAUUGUUAUAAGUUGUUGUGUACAAAUAAAGAUUAUAAAAAUAAAAAAUUGUGAACUAAUUA